UCUCCAAGCCAUCUUCACUGCCUUUUAAUCUCGCUUUUGCUGGUAUCAAAUCAGUUUCUUCGCAUAAAUUUUAGAGCAGAAAAGAAAAACCCUGACUUCUCCGAUGUCGAUCUUUGAGUACAAUGGGAGUGCCCUAGUAGCGAUGGUAGGAAAGAACUGCUUCGCCAUCGCCAGUGAUCGGAGACUCGGAGUUCAACUCCAAACUAUCGCCACCGACUUCCAGAGGAUUUCUAAAAUCCACGAUCGCCUCUUUCUCGGUCUCUCCGGCCUCGCCACCGAUGCUCAAACCUUGUAUCAAAGGCUUGUCUUUCGGCACAAGCUAUACCAGCUAAGAGAAGAAAGGGACAUGAAACCUGAGACUUUCGCUAACCUUGUUUCUGCUAUUCUUUACGAGAAAAGAUUUGGUCCAUACUUCUGCCAACCUGUAAUUGCUGGAUUAGGAGAUGAAGACAAACCCUUCAUUUGCACCAUGGAUUCCAUUGGAGCCAAGGAGCUUGCAAAAGAUUUUGUUGUAGCCGGCACUGCAUCAGAGUCCCUCUAUGGUGCCUGCGAGUCGAUGUUCAAGGAGGACAUGGAACCUGAGGAGUUGUUUGAAACGGUUUCCCAAGCUCUCCUCUCGUCAGUUGAUCGCGACUGUCUGAGUGGUUGGGGAGGACAUGUCUAUGUUGUCACGCCUACAGAAGUAAAGGAAAGGAUCUUGAAGGGAAGGAUGGAUUGAAUGCCGCAGACCGCCGUUCUCGAGGUUCUCCAUUGGCAAAACUAUAAACCGGUUUUUCAGUUUAUUUGUCGUUCGGACUGUGAUGUACUCUGGAUAAGUUACAGAAAACAAAUGGAAAACUUACAUUAGUGGCACCAUGCUUGAUUUCUGUUGCACUACGCGAGUUAAAUUUGUUUUUCCCGUUGCUAAUUUUUAGUUGAGAUCUUGCCC